CGACAAUUAUUGAAGCUUCAGAAUUGAGAUUCAGACCCCCACACAAAAUAACUAACAACAAUAAUUAUAAUAAUAAUAAUCCACCACUUGAGAGUGAGAUAAGCAUGAUUGAAUGAGUAGUGCACGCACUUCACUCCCUCACCACAUCAACAACGCAAAAUCUAAACCAAUCCAAACAUUUUAUAUUUUCCCAACAAAUUCCUAGCUUCGAUUCCCAAAGCAGACAAAAUUCACUUGAAACAUCUUGUCCUCUUGUUCAAAUCUGACGAACAACAACAACAAUUUCUGACUUGUCAAUUAAUCACAGCUCAGCAGUGAGCUGCUACCAGUCAAGACUGACAUCUCUUUUCUGUGUGACAUUUUCACGAACACGUAGAACGCAAGAGGAAGAGGAGGGGGUUCUGUUCUGAACCAGCAGCGAAAAGAUGAGUUUCAGGGAUGAGGAAGCGGUUGGGAGGGACCUUCAGAAACCGUUCCUCCACACGGGGAGCUGGUACAAGAUGGGUUCAAGGACGUCCAGCACCAUGGGCUCAUCUGCACAGGUCAUGCGCGACGGUGCCGUUUCGGUCCUUUUCUGCGUUCUCGUCGCCGCCUUGGGUCCCAUCCAAUUCGGUUUCACGUGUGGGUAUUCUUCGCCAACGCAGGAAGCCAUAAUCAAAGAUCUAAAGCUCUCACUUUCCGAGUUCUCAGUGUUUGGAUCUCUGUCCAACGUGGGUGCCAUGGUUGGAGCUAUUGCAAGUGGUCAGAUAGCAGAGUAUAUUGGUCGCAAAGGGUCAUUGAUGAUUGCUGCAAUACCGAAUAUAAUCGGGUGGCUCGCCAUUUCUUUUGCCAAAGAUUCCUCGUUUUUAUUUAUGGGGAGAUUAUUGGAAGGUUUUGGCGUUGGGAUUAUAUCUUAUGUGGUGCCUGUUUAUAUAGCUGAGAUAGCACCUCAAAACAUGCGAGGCAGCCUUGGAUCAGUUAACCAGCUAUCUGUUACGAUUGGAAUAAUGCUGGCAUAUCUGCUUGGCCUUUUUGUCAACUGGAGAGUGCUUGCAAUUUUAGGAAUUUUGCCUUGUACAGUAUUAAUUCCCGGAUUAUUUUUCAUACCAGAAUCUCCCCGAUGGUUGGCCAAGAUGGGGAUGACAGAUGAGUUUGAAACUUCUUUGCAAGUACUUCGAGGAUUUGAUACUGAUAUAUCUCUUGAAGUACAAGAAAUUAAGAGAUCUGUGGCAUCAUCAGGAAAAAGAGUAACAAUACGGUUUGCAGAUCUCAAGAGGAAAAGAUAUUGGUUCCCUUUAACGAUUGGAAUUGGAUUACUUGCACUUCAGCAAUUGAGCGGUAUCAAUGGAGUUUUGUUUUAUGCAACGAUCAUCUUUCAGAAUGCAGGAAUUCAAUCCAGCAGUGCUGCUACAGUUGGACUUGGAGCUAUUCAGGUCAUAGCAACUGGAAUCACUACAUGGCUGGUGGACAAAAGUGGAAGAAGACUACUUCUAAUUAUAUCGUCAUCUCUAAUGACAGUUAGUCUUCUCGUUGUUUCUGUAGCGUUCUAUCUGGAGGGAGUUGUAUCUGCAGAUUCUCAUCUGCAAAACAUUUUGGCAACUGUUUCUGUUGUUGGACUUGUGGUUAUGGUAAUUGGGUUCUCCCUAGGGCUGGGACCAAUCCCAUGGCUUAUAAUGUCAGAGAUACUUCCAGUGAAUAUAAAGAGCCUUGCUGGUAGUGUAGCCACCAUGACAAACUGGUUGACUGCAUGGGGGAUCACAAUGACGGCGAACUUGCUUUUGAGUUGGAGUAGCGGAGGAACAUUCGCAAUUUACAUGGUGGUAACUGCCUUCACCGUUUUCUUUACGGCAUUGUGGGUACCCGAGACCAAGGGAAGAACAUUAGAAGAAAUUCAGUCUUCCUUUAGAUAGAUGUGUACUGUGGAGAGAACAUGGGGCGGUAGUGUGUAUUCAUUGAAAAUUAUAUUUUGUUGAGCAUAAUGUAUUUCUGUAGCCCUGUGGAAUCAUCGUCAUGUAUUAUGUUAGUUGUUUCAAAGGGAAAGAUUUGCUCAUCCAUUUGUCUCUUUUGUGAAAUAAGUGUACUAGCUGCUUUUACACAUACACUAUAACUUGAAGUCCUUCCACAUAACGAUGGUCGUCAAGGUGCUUGUCCGAAAGCAAACAAUCAUAUCUAAUGAAGGUGCCACGAGUGAGUAGGUUCUUAUUGGCCUUCCUAAGGGAUGUCAUGUUUGUAAUGAGAGGCCAGUUUGGGUGCCAAGUGUUGGGGACUUAGGUUAUGUAGGGUAGUUAGGUCCUCAUGAUAUGUUGUGUUUUCUUUUUUUUAAGAUCGGAUAGAUUUGACAGCUUUCAAUCCCAGGCAUUAUACGCUCUCA